CUUAUAGCACAAUCGUGAAUAGCUGAAGCUUGAAGAUCGCUCUGUAGUCCCUCGAGAUGUGGUCAGACACAUGAGCUCCAGUGACAGCCAGUGUGGGACUGUAAUUGAUGUCAACAUAGAGUGUGCUGUGAAGCUGGUAGGAACCAACUGUAUCCUCUACCCUGUCAACAGCAAAGACCUGCAACAUAUCUGGCCAUUCAUGUAUGGUGAUUACAUAGCCUAUGACUGCUGGCUGGGCAAGGUCUAUGAUUUGAAGAACCAAGUCAUCCUCAAGCUUUCCAAUGGAGCCAGGUGUUCUAUGAGCACAGAAGAUGGAUCCAAGCUAUAUGAUGUUUGCCCUCAUGUCAGCGACUCGGGUCUUUUCUUUGAUGAUUCAUAUGGCUUUUAUCCUGGACAAGUCCUCAUCGGGCCUUCUAAAGUCUUUUCCAGUGUGCAGUGGCUCUCGGGUGUGAAGCCUGUUCUGAGCACAAAAAGCAAGUUCAGAGUGGUGGUGGAAGAGGUACAGGUGGUAGAACUAAAGGUUACUUGGAUCACUAAAAGUUUUUGUCCUGGAGGUACUGACAGUGUGAGUCCUCCCCCCUCAGUAAUCAGCCAGGAGAACCUGUCCAGGGUAAAGCGGCUGGGGUGCUUUGACCAUGCCCAAAGACAGCUUGGGGAAAGGUGCCUCUAUGUGUUCCCUGACAAAGUAGAACCUGCAAAAAUCACCUGUGAAUGCCCAGAGAGGAACUGUGUCCUGGGUGAAGGAUCAGUUGCCAAAAAGGUGAGGAGGCUGCUGAAGAAGCAGAUAGUGAAGAUCAUGUCAUGCUCCCCAGAGUCUCAGGGUACCAGCGAAGCCCCUGACAAAGAGUCUGCUGCAGCUGCUGACCAAAAAUCAGAGGAACUUAAGCCCGGAUCAAAGUGUGAGCUGGAGGACUCUUCCAACAACGCACCAAGCGCGGGGGAGAAAAAGGAGGAGCAACCUGAAGAAACAGGGAAGGCAGCAGUGCGACACCAGCAGCCCCCCUUCAUGCUGAAAGAUGAGGGGUCAUCCGACUACCGACUUCAGUCCAUGGAGCAAGAUGCUGAUGACGAGGCAGCUGAUGACACAGAUGACACUAGCUCUGUCACCUCUUCUGCUAGCUCCACUGCCUCAUCCCAGAGUGGCAGUGGCACGGGGCGCAAGAAGAGCAUUCCUCUUUCCAUCAAAAAUUUGAAGCGGAAGCACAAGAAGAAGAAGACCAAGAUUUCACGAGAGUUUAAGCCAGGAGACAGGGUUGCUGUUGAAGUGGUGACCACAAUGACUUCGGCUGACGUAAUGUGGCAGGAUGGCACUGUGGAGACAAACAUUCGCUCCAACGAGCUGAUUCCAGUACAUCAUCUGGACAACAAUGAGUUCUGCCCUGGGGAUUUUGUGGUGGACAAAAGAGCUCAGAGUUCCCAGGACCCUGGUGUGUAUGGAGUAGUGCAGUCUGGUGACCACAUUGGCCGUACUUGCAUGGUGAAGUGGUUCAAGUUGAAACCCGCUGGAGAUGAUGUGGAGCUGAUCGGGGAGGAGGAGGAUGUGAGCGUGUAUGAUAUUGCUGAUCAUCCAGACUUCCGCUUCCGCACUACUGACAUUGUGAUUCGCAUUGGCAACUCAGAGGGAGCCACAGCUAAGGAAGAUGAGCCCUCAGUUGGACAGGUGGCUCGUGUGGAUGUCAGCAGUAAAGUGGAAGUGGUGUGGGCCGAUAACUCCAAGACCAUCAUUCUGCCUCAGCACUUAUACAACAUUGAAUCAGAGAUUGAGGAGUCGGACUAUGAUUCUGUCGAUGGCAGCACCAGUGGGGCAUCCUCUGAGUGGGAGGAUGAAAGCGACAGCUGGGAGACAGACAAUGGCCUCAUGGAAGAUGACCACCCAAGAAUUGAGGAUUUGGAGCCGGAGGAGCCGGCAGCAGAAGAGGUGAAAAAGGUAGAGGAACAAGUCCAGGGAGCUGUGGCUAUGGCAGUUGCAGAUCUUGCUGCAGAGAAAGCUGGUAAGGACGGAGCCCCCAAGAGCUUCCGGGAGCUAAAAGAGGCCAUCAAGAUCUUGGAAAGCCUGAAAAAUAUGACUGUGGAGCAGCUGCUGACUGGCUCUCCCACCUCCCCAACUGUGGAGCUGGAAAAACCCACUCGGGAGAAGAAGUUCUUGGAUGACAUUAAAAAGCUGCAGGAAAAUCUGAAGAAGACCUUGGAUAACGUGGCUAUUGCAGAGGAGGAAAAGAUGGAAGCCAUGGUGGAGACAGAGAAGAAGGAAGAAAAAGCAGAGGCACAGACACCGGUGAGGUCAGAGUGGCCCAGUGAGACACCAGUGCUCUGUCAGCAGAGCGGGGGCAAGCCUGGAGUCACCUUCACCAGUGCCAAGGGAGAGGUCUUCUCUGUGCUGGAGUAUGCUCCAGAUACCCAUGCCUUCAAGAAAAUGGAGUUCCAGCCCCCAGAAGCGAAGAAGUUCUUUAGCACCGUGCGGAAAGAGAUGGCUCUCCUGGCCACCUCCCUACCUGAUGGCAUCAUGGUCAAAACCUUUGAGGACCGAAUGGAUCUCUUCUCAGCACUUAUAAAAGGGCCCACGCGCACACCCUAUGAAGAUGGCCUCUUUCUCUUCGAUAUCCAGCUCCCCAACAUCUACCCUGCUGUCCCACCUCUCUUCCGCUACCUCUCCCAGUGUAGUGGGAGACUGAAUCCCAACCUGUAUGACAAUGGCAAAGUGUGCGUCAGCCUCCUGGGGACAUGGAUAGGCAAGGGGACAGAAAGGUGGACUAGUAAAUCCAGCCUCCUUCAAGUACUCAUCUCCAUCCAAGGUCUUAUCCUAGUGAAUGAGCCCUAUUACAACGAGGCAGGGUUUGACAGUGACCGUGGCCUUCAGGAGGGCUAUGAGAACAGCCGCUGCUACAAUGAGAUGACCCUGAUCCGGGUGGUGCAGUCGAUGAUGCAGCUGCUGCGCAGACCAGUGGAAGUCUUUGAGCAUGAAAUCCGCGAGCAUUUUCGCUGCAACGGUUGGCGCCUGGUGUCCCGCAUUGAGUCCUGGCUGGAGACAAACGAGCUGGUAGAGCGGAGCCACGAACAGGCCAACGGGGCAGAUUCCACCUCCCUCCUUUCUGCUUGCGGCACCCUGUCUGAGAGCCCAGGAGACAAUGCGGAGUUACUGGGGGAAUACGGCAGCUCUUCGGAGCAGGGGGCAGCAGCAGAGUUUUCCGACUCAGCACUCGAUGGGAAGGAGGAGCUGGAUGAGUCAGAGUUCACAACCUCGACGCCCAGCGCCGGUGAUCUCCACCAGUACUCAGACUCGGAGAGCACAGGCCAAGCCAGGGAGGUAGACCUGGCCAGAGACCGAACGGACGAGGGGAAGGCUGCCCAGGACUCUGCCUUGCAGCCUAGUGUGAAACCAAAGAAAAGGAGGAAGAGCUACAGGAGUUUCCUUCCGGAGAAGAGUGGUUACCCUGAUAUUGGGUUCCCCCUCUUCCCUUUGUCCAAGGGGUUCAUUAAAAGCAUCCGUGGUGUCUUGCAGCAGUACCGGGCUGCCUUAGCAGGGGCCAAUAUCCCAGAGUGGACAGAGGACAAAUAAACCAUCAGGUUAGGGACAGGCAGGUGCAGGGGAGAAGGGAAAGCAGCAGAAAGGAAAUUGGCAAACGCUGUUACCAGUAAACUGGCUUCUCCUUCCAGCUUUUCUUCCUCAGCUUGGUUUGUUCCAAAGAAGUUGGUAGGCCUGAUUUGCUCCUCAAAGGAAAGGUUAUCUAAGCAUGAAUAACUCUUUGCCCCCAGCCCUUCUUCCUUCUCCACUGUCCCUUGUACAUGCUCCUCUUGCGAGUUUGAUCCUGCAAUGGUAAGAUUUGAGACCUGCACAGAAGCAGUCUUGCAGCCACAUUCCCUCUGCACUUUCAUCUUGGGGCACCUUCCACACAAAGACUCUUCCCACCCAGCGCUACAGCCAACAACUUGUUCUGUUGGGGUUCAAGCCAGGAGAAGUGAUUGGUGUAGUAUCUGGAGAUGAAGGGCAAUGCCCUCCCAAUAUUUCAUUUUUCUCUGCAUUGCCAUGGGUUUUAUGAAGCCUACCCCAGCUUAUAUGUACUUAGACAUUGGAUUGUGUUUGCAUUGAAGUUGUCUCCACCAUACAGAGUUGCUGUAGUCUUAGUUGUUCACUGAUAGCUACAAGGUUCUUUGAUCAGGACUUGACGUGCAGAGCCGGAGCUCUGUGCUAGUAUUUGUUCAGCCUUGGUAGUGCUGCGGGGUUUCCAUCUAGUUCUGUGUCUUCUGGUCUGUCUUCUGGAAGCAAUUC